AUCGAUAUGGCACUAAUGUUAUCAACAAAAUCACUAUUGUGGUUGUUAUUUGUGGUGGUGUCCCACUUCACCAUCUCAUGCAACGCCGACCAACAAGGCAAAUACCUCUACAAGUUCAUUCAGUCACGAAGGUCUCAUAAGAAGUCUUCACAGGGAGAAGCUUAUGGUGUUAAUGGUAUGGAUCAUGAAUAUUUUUCUCAAUCACAUGUUGAACAACAUGCGUCGAAUCAGGAACUGAACCAGGUGAAGGCUUUGCCGGGACAACCCCAAGGGGUGGAUUUUGAUCAGUAUGCAGGGUAUGUCACAGUGGAUGCCAAGGCGGGGAGAUCAUUGUUCUAUUACUUUGUGGAGUCACCUCACAAUUCUUCCACCAAGCCUCUUGUUCUAUGGCUGAAUGGAGGACCAGGGUGCUCUUCCUUUGGGUAUGGAGCCAUGCAAGAAUUGGGACCUUUUAGAGUCAAUAGUGAUGGAAGAACACUUCACAUAAAUGAACAUGCAUGGAAUAAUGUGGCAAAUGUUAUUUUCCUAGAGUCUCCAGUUGGAGUUGGCUUUUCAUAUUCAAACAAUUCAUUACGUGACUCAAAAAAUGGUGAUCACAGAACAGCCAUGGAUUCAUACACUUUCCUUCUUAACUGGCUGGAGAGAUUCCCACAGUAUAAAACAAGAGACCUGUUCAUAACUGGUGAAAGUUAUGCUGGCCAUUAUGUCCCUCAGCUUGCUCACAUUAUCCUAUCAAAGAAUAAGUUACAUAAAAGUCACACAGUGAUAAACUUGAAAGGGAUCGCGAUUGGAAAUGCCUGGAUAGAUGAUAAUUAUUGUUCAAAGGGAAUGUAUGACUACUUCUGGACGCAUGGUCUGAUCUCUGACGAAACCCAUAAAGGACUUCAAAAACAUUGUAACUUUAAGCAUGCCAACCUUACAAGUGAAUGCAACAAGUAUGCAGACAGAGUAGAUGAAGAGCUAGGAAAUAUUGACAUAUACAACAUAUAUGCUCCACUUUGCAAUUCAUCAGAAAGUCAUGCCACCUACACUGGCAACGACAUUGACCCUUGUUCUGAUGAUUAUACCACUACCUACUUAAAUCUCCCUGAAGUUCAAGAGGCUCUUCAUGCUAAGGCAACAAAAUGGUCUCCUUGCAACGAAAUGGAUUGGACAGAUAGUCCAACAACUAUUCUGCCCAUUAUAAAACAGCUAAUAUCAAGUGGUCUAAGAACUUGGAUAUUCAGUGGCGACACAGAUGGUCGCGUUCCCAUAACAUCUUCAAGAUAUUCUGUGAAUUCCUUGAAACUUCACGUGGACACAACAUGGCGUCCAUGGGGCUCUGGCAAUGAGGUUGGAGGAUAUGUUGUUGGGUAUAAAGGUCUCACAUUCGUUACAAUAAGAGGAGCUGGUCACACGGUUCCGAGCUACCAGCCAGAGAGAGCACUAACUAUGUUCUCUUCUUUUCUCCAUGGAAAACUUCCUCCGAAAUUAAUCUCUUAAGUCUAUUUGUUAUAUGCAUAAAAUUGAUAUGGAAAUGUGAUAGAUGAUUUCAUAUAAAAAUUCAUCUAUGAAAUUCUCACAUGUAAUUUUUUUUUUGUAAAAGUAGAACAAUAAA